GCGCCAAAACCAGAAAACCAAAUCUCUGUUCAAGAACUCGCCGGAAAAAUGAUGGACUCCACGGGUCCACCAAAGAAGUUGAUAACAAUGCAAGAAUGGGAGAAAAAACUUGCCGAAACUAAGAUUUGGAAAGAAGAUAUGAAUAAGAUGGUGAUGGAUUUCCUUGUUGGACAAGAAUGGAUUUCGGCUGCUCAAGAAUUCCAAAGAGAAUCAGGCACUAAAUCAUGCAUAGAUGAUCUUGCAUCAAUAGAAACUAAGAGGGUUGUUGUAAAGCAAAUAGAACGUGGGGAUAUGAAUCGAGCCUUUGGGACUCUUAUCAAAAAAUAUGAAAAGAUGCUCCUGUCAAAUCGUGUACUUUUUUUCUGUUUGGAACAGCAGAGAUUAAUAGAAUCAAUUCUCACUGGACACUUAGAAGAUGCGAAACUUGAGAUUGAAUCAUUUUUAUCAUGGGCAGAGAUAAUGCCAGAGCUUUGGGAAGAAGUGGAGAGGACAAAACUUCUGUUUAUCUCCCAUGAUCCUUUCCUUUCCCCUGAAAAAGACCUCUUGGUUAGAUCACGGCUUCUUAUUUUAGCGGAUGAGGUGAAUAGGGCAAUCAGAACUAGCCUAAAUUUUGAGCCAGAUCCAAAACUUUCCGUAUUGUUAAAGAUGCUGACCAAGGUCCAGGACGAGCUUGAUGAGCAGGUUCAUUUUCCACGCAUCAAUGUAGUUUCCAGCAUCCUUGAAGAUCCUGGAAAUUGAGAAACAAAAUCCUUUACUAUUUCGAUGGCUCGGGGAGGUAAUGCUGUAAGUUUAGCACCUGCAUGACUAUAAUUAGGG